AUGCCCAUCUCCCCCUCCCCCUCCCGCAAGCGUGGCGGCCCCUUCGGCGACGAGCGCUACCUCGUCAACCCCGACCUCCAGCGCGAGGUCUGGGAUCGCAUCCUUCGCCUCCUCCAGAACCCUAACCCUAACCCUAGCUUCGACCCCUCCUCCUCCUCCCUCCUCCUCGUCGAGCCUCUCUUUAAUCCUCCCUCUCUCCAGCGAUCCACCGACGAGAUCGUGUUCGAGGACCUAGGGUUUCAGUCUCUGUUCGUUGCCGACUCGCCGUCUCUAGUUCAUCUCUACGAGGCUAGCCGGCGAGACGCUGAUGACAUCGCUUCGAAAGCUCAGUGUAGUCUUGUUGUUGAUUGUGGGUUCUCUUUCACGCACGCCGCUCCGGUGGUGCAGAACUUUACGCUCAAUUAUGGAGUGAAAAGAUUGGAUCUUGGAGGGAAGGCGCUUACGAAUUAUCUUAAGGAGCUGAUUUCGUAUCGGGCGAUCAAUGUGAUGGAUGAGACUUUUAUUGUUGAUGAUGCCAAGGAGAAGCUUUGCUUUGUGUCGCAGGAUGUGCCCAGGGAUCUUCAGAUUGCGAGGAAACCUGGGAAAGACAACCUAUUCAAGUGCACAUAUGUUCUACCUGAUGGUAUUGAACACACGAGAGGUUAUGUUAAAGACAUGGAUAAAGCACAAAGGUACCGUUCUUUGCAAAACGGAAGCUCAAAUAUGAAAUCAAGGGUGAAGGAAACAGUUGAUUGUCAAGAAGACACAGAUGGGGUUGAGGAUAGGAAGAAAACAAAUUUGUCAAAGAAUGAGUUUAACUUGACCAACGAGCGUUUUCUUGUACCUGAGAUGAUCUUCCGACCUUCUGAUUUAGGCAUGGAUCAAGCUGGACUUGCAGAAUGCAUAGUUCGAGCAGUUCACUCUUGCCAUCCUCAUCUUCAUCCUGUACUGUUUGAGAGUAUCGUCUUGACUGGUGGAAGCACACUGUUCCCUGGAUUUGCAGAGCGCCUAGAAAAGGAACUCCGACCUCUCGUUCGUGAUGAUUAUCAAUUGAAGAUAACAACUCAAGAAGAUUGCAUUAAAGGCGUGUGGAGAGGUGGAUCACUUCUGGCAUCAAGCCCUGAUUUUGAAUCCAUGUGCGUUACUAAAUCAGAGUACGAGGAGCUUGGGUCCACUCGUUGCCGACGUCGAUUUUUCCAUUGAACACCUGAAAAAGAAAUGUGUAAGUGUGGUCCAUAUCUGCAUUCAUUUCAACGACGAUAUGCAACUGGAGCCAGAUACUUUAUGAUAUCAAAAGGAAAAUCGGAAGUGUUUUUAAGUCCCAAGUCAAAUUAGAGGAAUGAGAGCAUCUACAUCUAGAAUUUUGAUGCAUUGCAGCUCACUGUGGCGCGCAGCCCAUCGCUGUAUAUGAUUUUGGUGCUACUUCUAGGUUCUCACAUCUCUAGUCAGUUAUGCAGAAUGAAACAUCUUAUAUCUGUAUGUUUGUAAUAUCAGACUUGGUGUAUUUUGUUAUAUUUUCUUCUUAAUUUUCCUAUGAUUGAAGAAAUUACAAAAGAGUAGCUUGUUACCAAAUCAUGGGCUCUUAUGAGUUAAGCUUCUUUGUGCUGUCCUUUUCCUUCC